ACUCAGAUUACUAUUUUGAUGUCUUUACGAUGGGUGUUUUACCCCAGCGAAUCUUUUGUAUUUACGACCAAAUUGGCCUGUGAGCGGUUGAUCGCCACUACAGACACAAAGACAGGGUGUCAGAUUGUCGGUAGGGCAGUGCAUUUUAUUUGAUCAAACACAAGCGUAGUGUUUUCCCGAUUUGGACUUGCAUUUUGCGUUUUGAAGUGUUUUUAUGUUGUAUAUCGUCUGCGUUCACUGCGCAUCACCGCAGCUUGGCCAGGAAAGAACACCUGUGUGCCUUCUCUUCUGCUCUCCUGUAGUCACAUUAUGAUUGUUGAGCAGAAAACAGAUAACCCCGAGGCGCAGCGUCUGUCGUCAUUUGUUUGAUAGAACAGGAGAAGAAGCAGCGGAAACACCUCAAGCUUAAAAGAAAGCAUGGAGAGAGCAUCCCACAUUGCCAAGAGCUGAAAUGUUAAGGUUGCCGACCGAGAGUGUCGGAUUAAAUCAGCAGACUGGUUGCUUUCAAGUGACGGACAGGAAGAGCUGCUUAACACAAAAGCCUUCGUGUGGCUUGAUGCCGCUCCCAAUCUCAGUUGUGAACAAGACGUGCAGCAUCUCCCCUCUUCUGUGAGAUUGAGCCUUGUGCAGCAGAGCCCCUAUGGAGUGGUCACUGGAGAGCGUGAGGGAGAUGGUGGCUGGAGGGAUGCAGUCUGUGAGAGAGUGUGAGAUCUGUGCUUGUGCCACACUGGUGUGUGUCCUUCUGCUGUUCUUGUGGUACUGCUACAGGGUCGGCCGCGAUCAUAGCACCAGUCCGUUGCGAGGAAGGUAUCUGAGCGGGCCCGGCAGGAUCGGAGGGGUGGUGGGGGGCUUCAUUGGCUCCGACUGUCGCAAUAGGGGCAAACCCGGAUCCAUGUUAGAGGAGCAGAACGGCUUUGCUUUUUGCCAGUCGUCGGAGUGUUUCCGCUGCACCAGCGCUGGAGAAAGUCUCAACCAGAGGCUCUAUCACAGCCUGCAGGAAUACGCCAAACGCUACACCUGGUCAGGUAUGGGCAGGGUGCACAAAGGAGUUCGCGACCAAGGCCGAUACCUUAACAGCCGACCCACCAUCCAGCGGCCUGAGGUCUUCUUCCUCCCUGACCUACCGUCAGCUCCUUUCUUCUCCAGGGAAAUUCAGAGACAUGAUGUGGAACUCCUGGAGCAGAGCUUCCCAGCCCUUCUAGCUGAGUUUGAGAGCAUCUACAAUCAACCCCCCGCCCGCAGCGGCUCCCUGCUGCCACCGGGAUGGAAAGCCAACAACACUCCUCGUGGCCAAUGGUGGACCUACUAUCUGGUCAACCAAGGCACCCCUCUGGUCCUUAAUGUCAGGAGGUGUCCACGGGCCUGGCGGGUGCUGGGCCAGCUGCGCACUUUUAUCGCCAACAACAUGUUCGGAAACGCCUGUUUCUCCGUGCUGUCGCCGGGAGCGCUCAUCACCGAACAUUACGGUCCCACAAACGUGCGUCUCCGCUGCCACCUGGGUCUCCGAGUGCCCCCCUCCUGUGAGCUUGUAGUUGGUGGAGAGCCCCAGUGCUGGUCUGAGGGCAGCUGUCUGCUUUUUGAUGACUCUUUCCUCCACAGGGCCUUCCACGAGGGGGGUCCAGAGGACGGCCUGAGGGUGGUCUUCAUGGUGGACCUCUGGCACCCCAAUGUGGCCGCCGCCGAGAGACAAGCUUUAGACUACAUUUUCACCCCAGGCCGCUUAGAGGAGAAGGAAGGCAAAUAAGUGAGCAUAUGUGAAGAAUGAUGUCCAACCAAGAGAUAGAGGUGUGUGGCGCAGAACAAAUAUUCCUCUGCUUUCAAGACCAGCUCUCACAUUCACUGUGUGGUUCAUUUUCUUUCUUUUAUCUCUCAGAGCUCAACUUGGGAAGCUACACAAAUAUUAGCCACAUGUCCGUGUCAAACACGUAUCAACAGCAAAUUCUAAUAUUGUUAGAGUGAGUUCCAGCAGUAAUUUGGACAGUGACAGCCGUUUUAGGAAUUUUGCCACGAUACAAAGGAUUUGAAAUAAAAUAAUCGUGAUGCUUUCAGUUCGAUUUUAAGAAACUAAGUUCUGUGUUGCGCUAACACAUUUGUUACACACUGUCUAUUUUGUAAUGGACAGGUAAGCGCCCAGAUCUAAACCCAGUCAUGUUUGUGGUUCACUUAUUGAUGGCAAAAUUAAAAGGCAAAUAAGGGAAGGUGGCUCCUUUGAAAGUCUGGCAAAGAAUCUCCAGAGACGAAACUCUUGCUAAUGUCCAUUGUACCAUCUGUUCUCAUCUGUGUGGUACUACUAUGGCAGUAAUUACAUGAAUGUUUACUUCGCAAAUGUGGCUGUGGUCGUGACUCCUGCAAUUGAGGUCACUUAAUUGCACUCACAGUCCCCACCUACUUGUACAAGACAUGGUUGAAUAAGCACAUUUCUUGUAUGACUCGAUCUGUGCAACCAGUUACAAUGAUGAGGACGUUUUUGUUAAAUUUGGUAAGGUGUGGUAAUUUGGAUCUAUUUGAUAUCACAUUUGUAUUCUUGUAAAUACAGCGUGUGAGGGUUCAACCUAAUUUGGGUGGAGAAAAAUGGUCUAUUGCUUAUAACUAUUGUGAUGUCUUGAGUUAAAUAAUUUGAUGGUCCAAACACUGUUGGUUGCAAUUUACUGAUUCUGUAAAAUAAUUUUCAAGUUGCUCUGCUGCUGUUCUUAAGCUAUUUGAUUUGAUGCAUGACCUGCAAACCAUGGAUACGUUUAUCUAACCCGAAUCCGUAUUUACACACAUCAUAAAGUAUGCGUGCUGUUUCAAAGGGCCUUUUUUUAUUUUGCACAUGAAAAGUAAUCUCAAGCAGCUUUGUGUGUUGUUUGCAAUCUAACACUGAUGUUUACAAUCUCUAAGAACAAUGGCACUCACAUUGAGCUGUCUGGUUUUAAAUUUUGACUUACGGAUGACACUCGUCAACAUGAAGAAGAGCAUAAGUAUUAUGGCUUGUUUAGAUUUCCCGGUGGACAACAACAUUGUGGUUACGUUUGGAUUAGAGACGGUAACAAACUAACUCGCUUGUAGAUGCUACAGCGACCUCUGCUGUCUGAAUUGAUAAUUACAGGACACUGGUGCCUAUAAUGCUUUUGCCACCCGCGUGGCAUGGAACUACAAAGAAAAACAAUUUAAAGGACUUGGACAUGUUGAGGUGAUAGUUCGUAAUGCUAUUGUGUGAUCUUAGAUGGAUAGGACAGUAACAGUGCCUUCAAAAGUCUUUACAAACAACUUUUGAACUUUAGUAUGUCGUAUGUUGUUAUUGUGUGGCGAGUUUGAGCUAACAAAGGUUUGGUGGAAAUAACCAUCUGUGAACCAUCAAAAAUGUGUGUGGUUUUUUUUUUUUUAUUGUAUUAAAAUAUUCCCAUUAUGUUGCUUCCUUGUGUAUAUUUUCAAGUGUUUCUGCACAUGUAAUAAAUGGUCAACAACA